AUAAUCGAGUCGAGUUGGUGAUUGGAGCUUGAGUUUCGACUCUCGUGGUAUAAGUCGUUUUUUGUGCAUUGACAUGAUUGGUUGUACCUGCGGGUAAGCGAAACAUGGGGCUCUUCGAUCGAGCAUUCCGCGGCGUCGAUCGAUGACGCUCUAACAACCCGAUGUCCACAACGCGCACCGAACGCGGUUAAAGUUGAUAGUUGCUUACUCGACGAUGACGCUCACUGUGGUCCCGGCGGCUGAGACGCGAUCAUGGAAAUUCUUUGGGCGUGCUGCGUUUUCGGACCACGACCACAUUCACUCCUUGUGUCAACACGAUCAUGUCUCCACAGGGCGAGCGCGCACCGUUGCUACAACAGCGAUGGAGUGAAGAAGGCGAGCCGCGAACACAUCUUCGCAUCGAGGACCUUUCCAACGACGAAAACCCACGAACAUGGGCGCGAUGGCGGAAGAUGGCCAACGUGGCUGUCAUAGCCCUCAUGUCCAUUCUCAGCCCCCUCGUGUCCUCCAUGUUCACGCCCGGCAUUGCGCAAAUCGCCGAUGACCUCAAGUGUAGCACGACUGCCGUUAUUGGAACAACAACUGGCUUCGUAGUCAUGCUCGGAAUCGGCCCCUUGAUCCUCGCUCCCUUGUCCGAGACGUUUGGACGUAGAAGAAUCUACCUCGUGUGCUUCUCCGUGUUCGCUUUACUACAGAUACCCGCUGCACUCGCGCCCAACAUCGCCUUCCUCAUCACAGUACGGAGCAUUGCAGGUUUCUUUGGGAGCGUCGGCAUAGCGAAUGGCGGAGGAACCAUAAGUGAUAUGUUCAUACCAAGUGAACGAGCAGGAGUAUUUGGCUGGUAUCUACUAGGCCCGUUACUUGGACCUACCCUAGGACCAUUGUUUGGCGGCAUCAUCGUACAGCGCUUGGGCUGGCGCUGGGUCUUCUGGAUCAUGACCAUCGUGUGCUUCGUCAACACCUUGGCUGGUUACUUCUUCCUUCGAGAGACUUAUGCGCCGUUAAUUCUGAGUUCCAAGAAGGCCGAGUUUGAGUCUCAGAGCUCCGAGUUCGACGGCACGAAAUACUCCUACGAGGGCGAAGAUACACGACCGUUGAAAGAAAAGCUUACCCAAGCUCUCAAACGCCCACCCAAGAUCUUCGCUCAACCUAUCGUGGCCGUCAUGGCUGUAUAUCAAGCGCUCAUCUUCGGCACAACCUACAGCAUCUACACAAACAUGCAGCCAAUUUACCAAGACGAUUACGGUUUCUCCACCGAGAAGGUCGGGCUGCUAUAUCUAGGCCCCGGCCUUGGUUUUCUUUUCGCUGUCUGGUUUCUGGUCCCGCGAAUCGAUACCGUAUACAAGAAUCUCACAGCCAAGAAUCACGAAAAGGCACGACCCGAGUUUCGCCUCCCACUCGCGAACAUUGGCUCUGUUUUCAUUCCCGUUUCGCUCUUUUGGUUCGCUUGGACUGUAGAGAAGCACGCGCACUGGUUCGCAUCUAUAUCAGCAACCUUCUUCUAUGGCAUCGGACAGGUCAUGAUCCUGAAUAGCACGCAAAACUACUUCAUCGACAGCUUCGAGAAGUACGCGGCCAGCGCAAUCGCUGCUGGUACUGUUUUCCGCAGCGUUGUCGGUGGUGUCAUCCCAAUCUUUGCGCCCAUGCUCUUCGAGAAGCUAGGAUAUGGUUGGGGCAUCAGCACGUUUGCGUUUGUCAGUUUGGUUCUUGCACCCGCUCCAAUCUUGUUCUUUAUCUUUGGCGAGAGGCUUCGGGAACGGUUCCCGGUCGAUUUGUAAAGCCUUUUCGUGUGGGUAUCAUAUUCGUGUUCGUAGUGUAACUGCUGUAUCUGUUUAAAUGAACUUUAAUUGGUUAAUUCU